GUUUACCAGUCCUUCCUCAUCAUCUUCUCUCCAUUUCACAUAAUAAAGCUCUUCUCUAGCUUUUGUUUAAGUUUCAAUUAUUCCAUAUUAGGCUGUUUGUAUAUAUCAGAACUGCACCCCACAUAUUUCACACCACAAAUCAAACAAGCAUCCCCACUUGGAAAAUCUUGAUUUCCAGAUAAGAUGCAUGCCUUAAACAUGGAUUUUAUUGGCCGUCUUCACUUGGGUUGUGCCAAUUUCAUUCCUUUUGUGCUUAACUUUCUCCUUCUGCAUUUCCAUCUCUUUUAACGCCUUCUCUGACUUUCUGCUCUCAAAUUCCAAGUCAUUGCAUAAUUUGUAUUCACUUCCCUCGUUUUCUUCACACCCCCGCUUCCAAAACGACUUCGUUAAACGUGGCCUCGCUUGCUUGGCUCUACAUGUUUAGUUGUUUAUGUAACUCACAACCAGCUUGCUUAAUCUGCAAGCUAGCCUCCAGGUUCUAGAUCAUUCGCAGCGGUGAAUCCUAUGGUGGUUUCUUGUUCUUGAGCGUUGUGCGAUGGGAAUGUAGAUGUUCAGGGGGAAUGUUAUAUUGAGGAGUAGAUUUCAUUGGAUGGUACAGCUGUGGUUUUUUGUUUAAGGUAGUUGGGAUUUUGGAUAAUGUCUGUAAUGGAGAUGAGCUUGUUUCAAUCGAAAUCUCUGUCUGCUUCUGAGAUGGCUCAGGUAGGGAGGAUGUACUCAAAUUCGUUUACGAGUUUCAGGUACUUACCGGCUGGUGUCAAAGUAUCUCCACAGUUCUGUUCUUGCACAGGGAAUCCUCUGAAGGCUUCUUCCUUUUCUCAUCCUUCUAGUUCAAACAAUAGAUAUCUGUCAACAAACGCCAUUGGUAGUGUUGGAGGGGAUAAACUUGCAGCUGAAACUUCCAUAUUUCAAAUCUUUGGAACAAAUGGUGCAAGGUCAAAUCUAUUUCCUAGAGACAUUAGAGUACUUGAUGCCUUUGAUGAUGAGUAUGGGGGAGUUAUCGUUGAUCCAGAACGACUACCAGAAAAUGCAGAUGCCUUUGCUUACAUCCUCCACUCCUCGCUUUCUAAUUGGAAAAUGGAGGGAAAGAAGGGAAUUUGGCUUAAGCUGCCGGUAGAACGAGCUGAGCUUGUUCCAGUUGCUGUUAAGGAAGGUUUCCAAUAUCACCAUGCAGAACGAGGAUAUGUGAUGCUGACAUAUUGGAUUCCAGAAGGACCAUGCAUGCUUCCCGCUAAUGCUUCACAUCAAGUAGGGGUUGGGGGAUUUGUCAUCAAUGACAAUAAUGAGGUUCUUGUCGUACAAGAGAAACACUGUGCUCCUACAUGCGUUGGUUUCUGGAAAAUACCAACUGGCUUCAUCCUUGAGUCGGAAGAGAUUUUCACAGGAGCUGUGAGAGAAGUUAAGGAGGAAACUGGAAUUGAUACGGAGUUUGUGGAAGUUAUAGCAUUCAGGCAUGCUCACAAUGUUGCUUUCGAAAAGUCAGAUUUGUUCUUUAUCUGCAUGCUAAAACCACUAUCGACUCAGAUUAUAGUUGAUGAUCUUGAAAUUGAAGCAGCCAAGUGGAUGCCUCUGGCUGAGUUUGUGGAGCAACCACUAGUAAAAGAAGAUUCCAUGUUCAAGAAGGUCAUUUCUAUAUGCAUUGCCCGGCUAGGAAAGCAUUACUGCGGUUUAUCUUCUCAUCAAGUGGUCUCCAAGUUCGAUGGCAGGUUGUCUUCCUUGUACUAUAACGUCGUUGAUACACAAGAUUUCAACUGUUCAAAUUGCUGAAGCUGUAGACUCACUGCCCAGAAACAUUCCUGCCUGUCAAGUCAUCUGUGAUCUGUUGAUGUAUAUAUGCUUGUAACCAAAGCCAACUAUUUGGGGUUCACUCCUGGAAAACGUUUUAAGCAAAAGGUUACAAGUAAUGUUUAACAUGUAAUUACAAUGUUUUUACUUAAUGAUGUGUAAAUAUGUCUUCUGAUAUAGACAGGAUGCAUGGUAACAACAACGUGUCAUCCUCGGUUAUGAUCAUGUACGAGGUUGUUGUAAAUACAUUGUCGUCAAAUUUCCUGA